AUGUUUCUUCAAUUCGCUAUGUUCUCUUCAUUUAAGCUUCUCUUCACGUGCCUCGUCACUCUAAAGACAAUCGCUGCACACCCUGCUAUUGAUCGACAUAGUAACGAUGAAAAUAACAGAGGCACGUUUCAUAAUCCUGCUAACCAUGUUAGACCAAAGUUCAGAUACUGGCUUCCGGAUGCAAGCAUAGAUCCCGCUGGUAUCGCUGCUGACAUCAAGGACAUUGGUUCCAUUGGAGCUGGAGGCAUUGAACUGUGCAACUAUUACCUGUACGGUGGACAAAUUGGGAAACCGGCAAGUGAUUGGAGCACUUACGGUUUCGGCACACCAGCUUACAACAAGGUUCUGAAUGCUGCUGCUCAAGCAACAAAAGACAAUGGUUUGGUUAUCGAUCUCGCGCUGGGACCGGAGUCUGGACAAGGAGUGCCAGCGGAAUGGAACAACCCCGGACUCGCGUAUGAUCUUAUAUCGCACAACAUCAAGGUAUCUGCAGGUGAUAAAUACGAAGGUAAGAUCCCGGGCUACGGCAACGGAACAUUGCUUUCAGUCACGACCGCUGCUAUUCUUCAGUCAGAAAACUACAGCACACCCAAUUUAGCGGCAGGCUUGAUUCCUAAUGAAUUCAUAAACUGGACCGUUUGGAAUAUCUCUGGAGACAGCCUAAGCGACGUAACCAGUGGAGUGCGUCCUGACGGUACGAUCUCCCUUGAAUUCCCGCAACACCAGACUGCAAAGGAAUACUUUCUAUGGGCAUCUUAUUUCAGGCUCUCUUCAGACCGGGCAGCUAUACCCGGCUCUAAUCCACAAAAUUUUCUCCAAAAUGGAUCAUUCGCCGUCGAUCAUUUUUCAACCCGUGGAGCCAAGGUAACGACAGACUUUCUGGAGAAGUACGUCCUAAUAAACGGUGUGAAGGAGCUUUUUCAGCAGGUUGGAAAGUAUAGUACGUUCAAUGAAGCUCUUCUCAAUCAGAUUUAUCCUGAUCUUUACAUUGUAGUAUGGGAGGAUAGCGUGGAGAUAAAAAGCCGUCUCUAUUGGACUCCAAUUCUGGCCAACACGUUCAGAGAAAUGCACGGAUACGACAUAGGAAAAUAUGCAAUGCUUCUGGCAAAUGAUAAUGGCCUAGGCUUUUCGACAGAAUAUCCAGACAGAGUGUACACGGAUGCUCCAGAUCGUGGUCAAGGCUAUUUGUCCGACUAUAGAGCUACAAUGACAGCUUUGCUUUCGCUCUAUUAUGAACACCUUUUCUCGGCGCAGACGGGAUAUAACCUCCCUGUGGAUAUGCUUGAAGUCAUUCCAGUCGUGAGCACACCCGAAGAUGAGUCGCUCGCCUUCGGAUCCUCCAUUGACAACUACAGGCAGUUCGUUGGGCCUGCAAAUUUAGCAGGUAAAAACAUUGUUUCAAACGAAAUGGGAGCAAUAUCUCGUUCGGCUUACCAGCAGCAACUUCCAGACUUAUUGACCUUGGUCAAGCAAGCUUACAGCGCUGGAAAUAACCAGAUGGUAAUACAUGGUGCAACAUACUCAUAUCAGUACCCAAACACUAUUUGGCCAGGCUUUGCACCAUUUGGCUAUUUGUUUUCAGAACCACACUCACGCCACCAGCCCGGUUGGACCUAUGGAUAUUCCGAUAUUCUUGAUUUUAUUUCCAGAAACAACUUCAUUCUUCAAAGUGGGGCUCCAAAAAGGGAUGUGGUAUUCUGGAGUAAGAAAACUCGUGAAGGGGAAAUCAUCACCCCUGUAUACAAUUACAAUGAUCUUGUCAAUGCUGGAUACGGUUAUGAAUACCUUUCUCCGGGUAACUUCAAGCUUCCUCAGGCGAUAGUUCGAGAUCGUGUUCUCGCACCUGAUGGCCCAGCAUACAAGCUAUUGAUUGUGCUUUCAACCGAGGUUCUUACAACAGAUGGUGUCGAAAGUCUUGCAAAAUACGCAGCACAAGGCUUACCCAUUGUGAUUUCUGGCGGGAUACCGAACCAAAUUGCAUCUUCUAAGGGUCUAUCAGAUGCACAACAAAAAUUAAAAUCGCUUGCAGCUCUUUCAAACGUUCACUUGGUUGCAGGCGGACCGCUGGCUUCUGUUAUUUCCUCGCUCGGUAUUCAGCCGCUCACGAAAGUGACUGCGGACCAACCAUGGUACACGUACUGGCGCGAAGUCAACAAAGGUCAAGAAGCGUACGGUGAUCAAAGGCCAGUCCUUGAAUACGAUUUGGGAAAGAAUUCCACAACCAUUCCACUCACUCUCGCAGCGCAUCAAUCUAUCAUUCUCGGUUUUCUGCGCGCCGAAGAGAAAUCAGAACGACGUUUAUAUGUAACUUCUGGACCUUCCCCAUCGCUCGAAUAUGUGUACGGCAAAUCUGGCAACCUUGUCGCCAAAGUGCCUUUCUCCAGCAGCGAUCUCGUAAUCAAGAAUUCCAAUGGCAGAACAAUCUGCAUAUCAGCCAAUGAAGUUGCCAAGUCAUUUGCUCUACAUAACUGGACACUUGUGGCUGAAAAAUGGGGUCCCCCCAGCAACUUCGACGACGCUUCGGCUACUUCCUCGAAAGUCAACGCUACCUAUAAGCUUCCGUCUCUUCUCUCCUGGCCUCUCAUUCCUGGCCUACAAAAUACUUCUGGUGUAGGGUAUUACAGCAACGAGUUCACAUGGUCUGACACUCGUGUGGGUGCAUUCAUUGACUUUGGCCGCGUUGUACAUACUUUGCGUGUUAGUGUCAACGGUAAUCAACUGCCACCACUAGAUGUUACACACGCAAAAGCGGAUAUUUCCCCUUAUUUGGUGAAGGGAAAAAAUGUAAUUAACGCUACCGUUUCAACAACGUUGAUAAACGGCCUUCGUCCAUAUUUGGAAAGACUUAAGACAAGUGGGACUGGACCUCAAAUUGGCACCCUGACUUUUGCAAAUGUUGAGGUUGAAACGGGGUUGUUGGGAGAGGUAGUGAUUACACCUUAUGAACGCAAGGAUGUACGGCCGUAA